AUGUCGUGGGGUCAUGCCACCAGUAAGGAUUUAACCCAUUGGGAGGAACAGCCCAUCGCCCUUUUGGCCCGAGGUUUUCCCGACAACGUGACCGAGAUGUUCUUUACUGGCAGCGCUGUCGCCGACGUAAACAAUACCAGCGGAUUUGGCGCGGACGGAAAAGUCCCCUUGGUUGCCAUGUACACUUCAUUUUAUCCCAUCGCACAAACAUUACCAAGUGGAAAGAAAGUUAAAGCCUCGCAACAAUCCCAGUCGAUUGCAUACAGCUUGGACGACGGUACAACGUGGCACACAUACGACUCCGAGAACCCAGUCAUCCACUACCCUCCAACGCCAUACAAGGACCAGUAUGAGAAUUUCCGUGAUCCAUUCGUGUUCUGGCACGAUCAAAGCCACAAAUGGGUUCUCAUAACUGCCAUUUCAGAACUCCAUAAGCUUGUCAUCUGGACGUCGGACAAUCUCAAAGAAUGGUCCGCCGUUAGUGAAUUCGGCCCUUUCAAUGCUGUCGGUGGUGUAUGGGAAUGUCCUAACAUAUUCCAACUACCACUCGAUGGCGACGAAGUCAGCACGAAAUGGGUUAUGGCUGCUGGGGUGAACCCUGGAGGACCACCUGAGACUGUUGGCUCGGGAACGCAGUUUUUUGUUGGCGAUUUCAACGGCACGACGUUUGUCCCGGACGCCAGCAGUGUUUAUCCCGGCAACGGGACUGCGAAUUGGAUGGACUGGGGUCCUGAUUUCUAUGCUGCUAACAGUUACAAUGGUCUCCCGGAUACCGAUCAUGUCUCUAUUGGGUGGAUGAAUAAUUGGCAGUAUGGCGAGAAUAUCCCCACAUAUCCCUGGCGAAGCGCAAUGGCUGCUCCCCGUCACCUUUCAUUGAGAACCAUUGACCAGAAGGUUACCCUUGUUCAACAACCGCGAAUUGACUGGAAGUCUAUCACGAGCCACAAGAAACAUUCUCAAUCUUGGAAGUCUGUCGCCGAAGGAACGGAAGAUCUUGGUUCCCGGGGAAAGACACUGGAGAUCAAUUUAAGCUUUGACGAUCGCCAACAAGACUCUGCAACAUCUGACUUUGGGAUUAUCCUUCAGGCCACCUCGGACAUGCAGCAACAAACACGAGUUGGAUAUGAUUUCAAGGCUCGGAAGGUCUUCUUGGAUCGCAGGAAGUCGGGAGAUGUUUCAUUCGAUAAAACCUUCGCGAGCGUGUAUCAUGCCCCAUUAGUCCCGAAUGCGGAUGGAGUUGUGCGUUUGAAGGUCUUGGUGGAUUGGUCCAGUGUUGAAAUAUUUGGAGGUGAUGGGGAGAGCACUUUGACUGCUCAGAUCUUUCCAAGUGAGAAUGCGACAUAUGCUCGGUUGUUCUCUACGGGAGGGAGUACCGAGAAUGUCAAGCUUGAUACUUCGGAUUUGUCUUCUAUUUGGCACUGA